AUGCCUCACUGUUUUCUGCCAUUCUUGCAGCGCCUGCGCAAACACUCGGCUUCUGUACCGCGUACGGGAGAUAUCGAGCUCGACGAGGAGAGUAAUUGCUUACUCUCCACAGAGGGCCUAACCUUGCGGGAUAGGGUACCUUCGCCCCGAGGCAAGUUUUCGUCCGCUGGCACUGGGAAAUAUAAUACACCCAAAAAAGAUAGAUUUGUCCGGACUAGUGGUGGGCAUAAACAUGAUCUGAGCCUGCCAAGGCCGAGAAGACAUUUUUGGAGAAGCAACGACCUCAUAGACAGCGAAGGGCUUUUAGGCAAAAACAAGCCAUUCAUUAGCUCUAAGUCGCAGUGGAUGGAAGGAAAACAACGGGAGGAGACCAGUUUGGCAGGGUGGCCCAUCGAGAGUCGCAAUAUGGAAGCCAUUACCCAGAGAUAUGGGGAAAUCGAAAUGGUCGCCGGGUAUGGCUCUCAUGCACUUGUAUUAAUAUCACAUAAAGUGCGCAACUGGGGUCCCCAACUCGAUCGUUACUAUGCUCUAAAGAUUUUCCGCCGCGGAUCAGCUCAGACCGAGUCUGAUUAUUACAGACGUGCGACUUCGGAGUUCUCGAUCACUUCCUCCCUACACCAUCAGAAUAUAAUCGAGGCCUUCGAGAUCCUCCCCUUGGGUGACGGCAGUCUCUGUGGGUGUAUGGAGUAUUGCUCAGGUGGAGAUUUGCAUGCACUGAUUGUGUCUUCACAUCGACUAUGGGAAGAUGAGGCAGAUUGUUUCCUGAAACAGUUGAUGUGCGGGAUUCUCUAUCUCCACGAGAUGGGGAUCGCUCACCGUGACUUGAAGCCGGAAAAUCUUCUGCUUACCAACUAUGGCCGCCUCAAGAUUUCUGAUUUUGGCCAUGCAGAGUGCUUUCGUCUUGCCUGGGAAGAUCAGGUUCAUAUGUCUACCAGGCGCUGUGGCUCAGUGCCAUAUGUAUCCCCAGAGCAGUAUCUUGCGCAACCAUUUGAUCCCAGAUAUACCGACAUCUGGGCUGCCGCUAUUGUUUACAUAGCUAUGAGAGCUGGGAGGAAUCCUUGGAAGUCGGCAACAGUCAAGGAUGAAUGCUUUCGAGACUAUACUGAAGACUGCAAAGCUGGAAGCCAGUAUUUCCUCAUCAAAGACAUAACCCAUGAGCGGAGCUGCGCGAUCCUACAUUCCAUGCUGAGUGUCACACCCGCGCAUCGACCAGGAGCGGCGGAAACUCUCGGUUCCCAGUGGCUUCAGGAGGUGCAUUGUUGUCAAGCUACCACCAACACAGGACUUCCUGGUUAA